AUGGUUGUUGUAAUUCAUGGCUUUGAUAGUUCCGUCGAAACGGAUACGGAACUGUUGAGAGUACGUAUAGCUAAAGGUGAACGAUUAGGCAAACGUGAUUUAUUUGGAAUAACUGAUCCAUAUUGUAUAGUUCGAUUGGAGAAGGCUGAUGGUCAGCUUGUUGAUGAAGUUACUUUGGAGAAAAAAAAGAAAACCCGAAAUCCAUUAUGGAAUUCCGUUUUUACAUUCCGCGUCACCAAACAGUGUACUCUUAAAGUUUUGGUAUUUAAUGAGCAUCGUUUGAGAAGAGAUGAUUUAGUGGGAUCGUUAGAAUUUAUGCUCAAUGAUGAUAAUAUUCAAACGGAAUCACAGGCACCAAGUGCUCAUCCUUUAAAACCUGCUCGUUACAAAAAUCCCGGAACCAUUUGGAUGUCAAUGCAUUUUCUACCCUCCAACUCGUCCCCCAGUGAAUCAUCAAACGAUCUUCAAGCUUCAAGUUCAAUGCCCGAAGGUUGGGAAGAAAGAGAAGAUGCCAAUGGCCGAACCUUUUAUGUUAACCAUGUUCUUCGAACUACUCAAUGGGAACGGCCUGGUACAAGUGCCGAUAGAGAGGAAGAAUCUGUUCUAGAAACUAGAAGACGUCGAGACAAUUAUGAGCACAGAAGUCAAGUAACUGAUGGCAGUCCAGACGUUAUGCGCCAAGUGCAAGAGAUUGAUAAUGGUAUGAGAGCUAAUUUCGAUGGUCAAUCGUCAACAGGCGGCGAACUCAGUCCUCACGAGAUACCAUUACCUACUGGUUGGGAUAUGCAAAUAGCGCCGAAUGGAAGAACGUUUUUCAUCGAUCACAGAACGAAAACAACAACUUGGAUUGAUCCUCGAACAGGGUCCAUAGUAGCAAGACCGGGAGAGGGGCGAACGGACGAUGAGAUCGGUGCUAUGCCUGAAGGAUGGGAACAACGAGUUCAUACUGAUGGACGAGUUUUCUUCAUUGAUCAUAAUAACAAACGAACACAAUGGGAAGAUCCCCGCUUCGAGAAUGAAAGUAUUGCCGGUCCUACAAUUCCAUACUCGAGAGAUUAUAAACGAAAAGUCGAGUAUUUACGAUCCAAGUUGCCCAGAGCUGGAUCUAAUGGAAAAUGUGAUUUAAUAAUUAACAGAGAAACUGUAUUUGAAGACUCUUAUCGCCAAAUAAUGGAAAAGAGUCCCAGUGAACUACGGAAUAAGUUAUGGAUCGAGUUUAUUGGAGAAACAGGACUCGAUUAUGGAGGUGUUACAAGAGAAUGGUUUUUCCUUCUCUCUCAUGAAAUCUUCAAUCCAUAUUACGGGCUUUUUGAGUAUUCUGCUACGGAUAAUUAUACACUUCAAAUAAAUCCUCAUUCUGCCGCGUGCAACCCUGAUCAUCUAUCGUAUUAUCUUUUUAUUGGUAAAAUCAUGGGGAUGGCCAUAUACCACGGGAAACUACUUGACGCUUUCUUCAUUCGUCCAUUCUAUAAAAUGAUGCUGAGCAAGAAAAUAACUUUGUUUGACAUGGAAUCUGUAGAUAAUGCUUAUUAUAAUUCAUUGAUUUAUGUAAAGGAUAAUGAUCCUGAAGAGUUGUAUCUUACCUUUUCGGUAGAUGAGAGUGUGUUCGGAGAGACUCAAACUGUUGACUUAAUAGGCGGCGGGCAAUAUGUUAAAGUUACUGAAGAUAAUAAAGAAAAGUAUAUUGAAGCCGUUGUCAACUGGCGCUUUGUCAAACGUGUAGAAAAACAAAUGGAGCAAAUUCUCAAAGGAUUGCAUGAGGUUGUUCCGAGCACCCUUCUCAGAAUUUUUGAUGCUAACGAAAUGGAGCUACUCAUGUGUGGUUUACAAAAAAUUGAUGUGAAAGACUGGAAGUUAAAUACUGUGUACAAAGGUGGAUAUGGGCCCAGUAGUCAGGUUAUCCACAACUUCUGGAAAUGCAUACUUUCUUUUGAUAAUGAAAUGAGAGCUCGCGUUCUUCAAUUUGUUUCUGGAACCUCACGUGUUCCAAUGAACGGAUUCAGAGAGUUGUAUGGUUCAAAUGGUCCGCAGAAGUUCAGUAUUGAACGAUGGGGCAGCCCUGACAUGCUUCCUCGAGCACACACUUGUUUUAAUCGGUUGGAUUUACCUCCCUACCCUACAUUCGCAGAGCUCAAACAAAAACUAUGUACAGCUAUUGAAAACUCAGAAAUAUUCAGCGGUGUUGAUUAG